AUGAUUCCUCUAAUCGCUGUUCUCAUCUUGUUUCAUUGUGCAGAAUGCUGUUUUUUCAAAAAGGGUGAGUAAUUUUGAAGACUUACAUACUUUCUCAACACAUAAGAAAUAUAGCAUAGAAAAUUGGGGAAAUACUUUGGCUUUGCUAUAUCCUAACUAUACUGAUCGUUUCCUGUUCAGCGAUUGCAUAGUAGUGAUUCCUGAAACAUUCUUCUAACAACAAUCGUUUUCCUCAAAAUUCUCUCUUAUAAAUGCUUUUGUCAAAAUUUCACAGUCUUUUAUAUCCUCAGGAAUACCGAAAUGUCCAAGAAAUGACGAAGAUAUCAUUCCCGAUGAAGUCGCUGAAUAUCUGGCACGUCAGGCCUACCGUCAUGGCUUUGAAAAAGUAAUAUCCCUGGCAGAUAAUUCACAGUUAAAACUCAAAGUGCUCAUACAUCAGACAUCCCUACAUUUUGCCUGCACAUUCUUACGGGAUGUAG